GUCCAGUCUCUCUCACAAUGCAAGGCAAAUUCAACACCCCCGACACUCACAAAUACUCUGUCAUCCUCCCCACCUACAACGAGCGUAAAAAUCUGCCAGUUAUCGUCUGGUUGCUCGCUAAAACAUUCCAAGACAAUGACCUGGCUUGGGAAAUUAUAGUUGUCGACGAUGCAAGUCCAGACGGGACACAGGAAAUCGCAAAGCAGCUCGCCAAUGUGUAUGGGGAGGACAAGAUUGUGCUGAAGCCACGAGCUGGUAAACUCGGACUGGGAACGGCCUAUAUUCAUGGCCUCAACUAUGUCACUGGUGACUUUGUCAUUAUCAUGGACGCCGACUUUUCACACCACCCCAAAUUCAUCCCGCAGUUCAUCCGACUCCAAAAGGCUCAUAACCUGGACAUUGUAACCGGCACCCGGUACCGCUCGACAUCAACACCCUACACCACAGAUGCACAACCAGGAGGAGUCCACGGUUGGGAUCUCAAACGUAAACUCGUCUCCAGAGGGGCCAACUUUCUCGCUGCGACAGUGUUGAACCCCGGCGUGAGCGAUCUCACAGGAAGCUUCCGAUUAUACCGCCUUCCCGUUCUGCGGCACAUCAUCAGCGAAACUGUGUCCAAAGGCUACGUGUUCCAAAUGGAAAUGAUGGUCCGGGCGCGGGCGCUUGGGUACACGGUUGGGGAGGUGCCAAUCACAUUCGUCGACCGCAUCUUUGGCGAGAGCAAACUAGGCGCCGACGAGAUUGUGUCGUACGCAAAGGGCGUCUGGACGCUCUUCAGCACAGUCUGAUUUCCAUAAUGAUGUCACGAUUUGUCAGCACGUAAUUUAUACCCCGCAAAUUCCAGUUUCCACUUUUUGUUCUCA